UGGGUAUUGUGUUUCUUUUUCAGACAAUAUGUUAGAUGGUUUGAAAGAAUUCCUUGAAGAGGCAGAACUUCAACAGUACUAUGAUUUAUUCAGAGACAUCCUGAAAGUAACAAAAGUGUCACAACUGAAAUUUGUCGCUACAGAGGAUCUCGUGCAGAUUGGACUUUCCAAACCAGAGCAAAGGCGAUACAAAAAAAUUUAUACAAAGUAUUUCCCUAACCCUUACAUCUCUAAAAUCAAGAAAUUACUGAGCUCCAAAAGAAAUGAAGCAUUCCCACAUGCACAUGGCUGUACACCUGCAGACUAUCAGCCGUUCACAGAAAACAAUGUGAAAGUUCCUACAAAACAUAUUAUUUCCGUCGAGGAUAUUACCAUCAAUAAAGAACUUGGUAUGGGCCAGUUUGGUGUCGUGCAGCAAGGCACUUGGAAUACUGGCAGCCAAAGAUUGCAAGUCGCCAUCAAGUGCCUUGGUCAUGAAAGAAUGACCUCAAACUCUACAGAGUUUCUAAAAGAGGCAGCUGUCAUGCACAGUAUAGAACAUCCUAAUAUUGUGCGAUUAUAUGGAGUAGUUUUGCAUUUGGACUCUUUAAUGUUGGUGACAGAACUAGCGCCAUUACGGUCCUUGCUAGAGUGCCUUCGCGAAAUACAGCUGCGAACUAGUUUUCCUGUGCCAAAUCUGUGCGAGUUCGCCGAACAGAUUUGUGAAGGCAUGACUUACUUGGAAAACAAAAGACUGAUUCAUAGAGACUUAGCUGCAAGAAAUAUUUUAGUAUUUAGUAAGGACAGAGUAAAAAUUUCUGACUUCGGACUGUCGCGAGCGCUUGGUGUUGGAAAAGAUUACUAUCAAACAAACUACAACGUGAAUCUCAAAUUACCUGUGGCUUGGUGCGCACCGGAAUGCAUUUUGUAUUUACGCUUUACGUCAUCGAGUGACGUGUGGGCUUUCGGCGUUUGCCUGUGGGAAAUGUUUACUUACGGAUUCCAACCAUGGGCAGCUUUCUCCGGACAGCAGAUCUUAGAAGCUAUAGAUGCCCCCAAUUUUCAGAGACUGGAACGCCCGGAGUGUUGUCCCGAAGAAUAUUACUCUACCAUGCUGCAAUGCUGGUCCCACGAUCCUAAUGAACGUCCUAAAUUCAAAGACCUCGGUCUGAAAUUGCGCGAAAUCAGACCAGAACAGGUCCAAGCAACGGAUGAUUUUCAGAAUCUGGAAGACGGGAGAAGAGCAAAUUUCCUUGAAUUCAAAUCAGGACAAAUAAUUACUGUGAUAGGAAAAGAAAUCAUGACUAAAUCAACGUUAUGGUACGGCGUACUUCCCGGCGGAGCUUGCGGCAUGUUCGAUCCUACUUUUACCAAACCAUAUAGCAAGACUGACAAAUCACUGUAUUCCAUGCCGGUGUCUCUGACGCCGCAUCUUGCUCGCAACUCCUCGCGUUCCAUCCGCUCAACUCUUCUGCGAUCUGACUUGAAGCGCCACACUUACACGGGUAAAAGAACCAUCCAACGAAGCAUGAUCUCUAGCCCUCAAGGCGACGUUAAACACACGGGUCAUGUUGGACUGGAUGGAGCUUACUUUGGCGAUAUAUCUUUUCUGGAUCCAGCGGGAUGCCCACCACGACAGAUCGUGACGCCGUACAAGCCUUCGGAGGACCUGGAGCAGGUUCCGUUGAUCAAUCCAAACUCCCCGUCGCACCUGACGGGCGCGGGUGGAAUCUCGCCCUAUCCGUUGUUGACAUCCUCCAACCAUCGGCUGGAAUGUAAGAGUGAGCGCGAUGAAGUCGAUUUGAAUUUUCCUGAGUUAAGAACGAAAAGUCUAAAGAAAUCCUGUCAUAAAUUGGAACCAUCUACAGGCAAAAGUUUACUAAAUAAGGUUAAGAGUGCAACACUAGGACGAGGGCAUAAAACAGAAAAUCUCGGAGCGAUCGCCAAGACAUAUGAAGUGCACGAGUAUCACGAAAUUUCCGAUACCGACACGGAAAGCACUGCAACUGAGAACAUGAAAGUUGAAUCCUUGGCUCUUCCUGAAAGUCCAGGCAUACCGAAAAGUACAGUCGACUUCAGUCAAAGUCUACUUGAUGAGAUGGAGUCAAUGUUCCGCAGCUUAGACGGUCAUCGUCGCGAGGAUACUAAUGCAACGUGCAAACAUUUUGACAUCGAUAGUGUUCUGAGGUCUCAAACGCUGAAGCAUGAGAAGAAAAAGGGUUUCCACACCGGCACGAUGAAGCCGAUGUCGGCUCACGACCAGAAGACCCUCGACACUGCCUGUGCCAUGGCCAAUGAGAUCACUACCAAGUCUAUGAACGAUCUCGACACUGAUUCCAAACUGCCAAAUUCUCCAAGUGAAAAGUCCAAGUUCCACUUCAAGUUCCCUCUUGUUCACCUACACCACCACAGCGCACCUAAUGAACCUGAAAGUAACCCUGCAGGCAAGCAAGAACGGCGCAAUUUCAGCGAAGAAGCAAAUAGUGUACCUGAUAUACAGUCGACGCUAACAGAAGAAAGCAAAUUGGCGUAUGCAAGUCUGAUUGAGCAACCAACGCCGUCCUCGUCACUGAUAUCGCAGAUUUCCAAAGACUCGAACGGCAUACACCAGCCAUCUAAUAUACCGAAACCAGCGAGAGCCGAAGCGAGACAACAGUUCCUUUCGUUGCAGAAACAACUGCCUCAGAAGCUUAGAUCUAAGAACAUGGAAAAUGAAAAAGUUAACAUAGAUGAUUCUAAGAACGAGUUACCUCUACCGCCACGAACUACAAAGCCGAAACUAGUGGAUAAGCCUCGACACGUACGCAAACAUCCUCUCAAAAUGCCAAACACGUUACUGGACCGAACGCCAGGCAACGAAAUCCUAAACAUACAAACAGUUCGAUCUAACAUAUACCAGAACACAAAUUGUGCAACAUUAAAAUAUAAUACAGAGAAACUUCAAAUUCAAAAUGAGAAGAAUGGUGUAGACGUUUUGGAUGCCACUGACACGUUGAAAGUCGACACUAAUCCAUUCACAAACAAUGCUGCUUCUUCAUCAUCCAGCUCAGUGAAUCCAUUUAGUUGCUACUUGGAGCCUUUGGAGGAUCCUGAGACUGAGGACAACGCGAAGGUGGAAGGUGAACAGUAUUUUCAGGAGGGUUCAUUAGUUAAAGACUGCACAGAUCACGUGUCAGUGGAGGAUCUCCUGGAGUUUGCAGACCAAAAACCCUGCGGCCGCCAACGUGGGGUCGAGUCCGAUGAAGUCCGGAUUAUGUGCAAAGUGCUUAAACAAAAGCAGGCAGCACCAGAAGAGUACUUAGAAGCGUUGGAGUUGAGCGAUUGGAAUGUCCACAACGCCAUCAAAGUGAUGAGGGUGAAAACGACCGCAGGGCAAGCUGCCCUCGAAGAUUGCCAUAAAGAACUGCUCACAUCUGGAGGCGAUGUUGUCAAAGCCUCCGCCGCUCUCGUCAUAGGCAAAAAAGCUCAAUAAACU